AUGCAGUUACAUACUGCAACCUUCGUCGCCUCUUCUCUGAGUGGCAUCGCCCUCGUGUGCAGCUUUCUCGUACUGGGACAGAUCUACAGCGAUGUUCAAGGCUAUUGGAUGGAGCUCGACCUUGAGAUGAACACUUUUAAGGUGAUGCUUCGCAGAGUUUUGGAGUAAUCAAUGAUAAGAAACUAAAUAAUAGAUAACAUCUCCAACUCGACUUCUUGAACAUUUUCCAAAUUCUGAAUUCUAACAGACUGAAACCGACAACGUAUGGAAAGAGUUAGUUCAUAUGGGCACAAUCUACCGUACCCGCCGUGACGCUUACAACGCCUACAGCGAAGGAGGAGCUCCAGCUCAUGACUUGGGAGCUCAGGCACCGUCUGGUCCUGUUCCAACUUCCGCCUGUCAGUGCCAGAGCGCUGCUGAGAACAAGUGCCACGCCGGACCAGCAGGACCAAAAGGUAUUCAGUAUUUAUAAAACCCAAAAAAAGAAUUUAAACAGGUUUGCCGGGUUCACCUGGACCCAAUGGACAGCCUGGAAUUGACGGCAAGCCUGGUGAGGAUGCAAUUGACGUCAGCCCCGAAGCACAAGACACCGGCAUCUGCUUCUACUGUCCACCUGGACUUCCAGGAGCUCCAGGACCAAACGGAAGACCUGGUCCAAGAGGAAUGAAAGGAGCUGAUGGCGCUCAAGGAAGAACUGGUCGCGAUGGAAACCCUGGACAUCCAGGAGAAAUGGGACCUCCUGGACCACCUGGACGUAUUGGACCUGACGGCCGGCCAGGAGAGAAAGGAGCUGAUGGAAGGAAGCCAAUUGGACGGCCAGGACCGAAAGGUCAAAGAGGACCUCAAGGAGACGCUGGACCACAGGGAACUCCUGGAAAAGACGGCGGCGUCGGACCAGCAGGACCAUCUGGAGGGCCAGGAGGAGCUGGACCACAAGGGCCAAAAGGAAUCGACGGGCCACCAGGAGGAGAAGGAAGCUUGGGACGGCCAGGCCGCGAUGCGUGAGUUAUUUUGAAAGUUUUCAAGACAAAAUAUCUAAAUUCAGAGAGUACUGCCACUGUCCAGCUCGAGGAUCCCACGGAGCCAGGUCUCUGGUUCAUUAA